AUGGCGACCUAUGGGGAGCAGAACAUAGGCACAGACACACGCACGAAGAACAUAUAUAUUUUUGACGCGUGCGCGUACUAUGCCCAUCACGAGAUGGCGAUCGGGAUGUGGCGGGUGAACCAUCACCUCAUGAACGAGCCGAAAUACCGCGACUCGUAUUUCGAGCUUUUCGAACCGGAUGAACCAGUCGAUGAGUACGAUGACCGGAAUCGUCUGUACAGUCUCAAGGAGAAGAUUAUGUAUUCCGCGCAUGUGCCCGAUACCAAAGCAAGAGGUGAAGCAUUGGAUGACAUGCUAUAUCUGAUUGAUAAGUAUACCGUUGGCAACUAG